UAUUAGUUAUUACAAAAAUAAUCGUUAUUAGUUUGUUGUUAAAUAAAACAACAUGUAAUCACGGGAACGCAAUUGAGUCGCUGUAUUUUAUUUGAUGUUGUACCGCCCGUCAUCUACCAUCUACCCAAUGCUACCGUUCCGCUAGCAAGAAAUGUCGGCUGCCUUGCAGUGAAACUGGUCAGCUGAAUUCCACAAUCCCGGUAGUUUUUCACUUCACUAAAAUUCUGGCAAAGGUGGUUGAAGACUUGGCUGGUUGAUUUUCUUCCUGGAACGGGGUUUGAUUUUGCAGGAGAAAUAUUAUGGAGGACAAAAGGCAUCCACGACUAAAGGAGAUUCCCUUCGAGGUCCCUGAAAAUAUAGAUCCGGAUGCGUUCUUGUUCCUCGGAGAUCCAGAAGGGAAGACCCGAACCCUGAUGGGUCGGUGGUGGACGGCUGCGUCGGGAGUUGUUAUGGGGGGCGGAAGUGUACUCCUUGGUAACACUAUGAGGCAAAGGCCCUGGUAUGCAGGGAGUCAUAAGCUGGCACUAUUUUCCAUUGCUGGAGGUUUCUUAGGCGAGUGCCUGCAUCAAUAUAGAGAAAGUUACACUGCAGAACGGGACUUGCAAAUGUUCCACUACAUUUGUCUUCACCCGGAGGAUUUCCCAAAACAAAAAAGAGUUCUUUACCGGGACUACUUGACCUAUUGGUUCCCCAUUCGCUAAUUAUCCUUCCGUCGUAAACGUUAUAAUUAAAUAGAUUAGAGCUAGUAGAAUACUGAAUGUAGAUAUGACAAAUAAACUCGACGCUAAAAUAGAUCAUGAAAAUCGACAAAUUCUGGAUUCUAGAUAUAUAUAUAAAUGUAUGGGGCUGCAAAGCCUAUCAUUUGAAUUCUCCAUUUUCAUUAAAAUAGGUAAAUAAAAUGAUUGUAAAAGACAAAGCCUGAA